UCUUGGAAUGAAUCCAUUAUGUCUCUCCUCUCCAAAAAGGGUGAUCUCUCUCAAUUGAGGAACUAUCGCCCAAUCUCCUUUAUUAACACAGAUGCUAAGAUGUUUACUAGAAUUACUAAUGGUAAAUUUAUGAAAGUCUAUAAGUAUAUUACCUAUCAGCAUUAACUUGGGUUCGUUCCUGGCCGUUAUAUUGCUGAAAAUAGCACGAUAACCCAAAUCAUUAUGGAAAAUGCUUGUUCCUCUAGGAACGCUGGCAAAGGCAGCUCUUGCUUUGCUCCUUGAUCAGGAAAAGGCUUAUGACCGGAUCAACCUGAGUUAUCUUCGCCAAGUUCUUCAAACCUUGAGCUUUCCCGGUUCAGUCAUGAACCCUGAUAUUGCUAUGAUGGCCAAUUUCUGGGAGUGUAGAGCUUAUCAGAUGCUGUAAGCUAAGGGUAUAGAUGGGAUGAACUCACGUAUUG